AUGUCUGGGUUUGAGAUUGCUGGCAUUGUCCUCGGUGCAUUUCCAAUACUCUAUGAGGGAGCUAAAGACUUGAACACUCGUUAUCGCGACCUCAAGUCGUGGUGGCAAUUCGAAACAGAGUUCGAAGACUUUGUGUCAGCUAUUGAUCGCGAGUUUGUCACCUUUACUCAGAAUCAAGAGAUACUGUUGGCGCCAGUAAAUAUACCCGAUGAAGAGCGUGAGCUCCUUCUGAAUGACUCCGAAACUCUUCUAUGGCAUGAACCUCGAAUCCAAGCUCUGCUGAAGGACAGGCUUCGAGGUCGAUACUAUAUAUGGUACAUGAAGCAGCUAUGCGAUAUGAAUGCGGCCAUUCGCAGACUACUUGACCUUUUGCCGCUUGAGAAAGUAUGCCAAAUUGACUCAAACAGUCUUGCAAGUGAGCUAUCUAAACUGAAAUGGAGCUUCAGCCACAAGAAGAAUGAACUCAUUGCGAUUAUAAAGGACCGAAACGAGGCCAUCUACACAUUUCUUGAUCGAGCGGCUCAUAUUGAAACGAAUAUCAGAUCGACGAGAUAUGCCUCCCAUGCAUGGCAAUAUCUCAAUGCACAAAAAGAGGCCUGCUCUUUAUAUGAGUGCUUACAGAAUUACUGGACAUGCAACUGUCUGAGUAAUCACUCGUGCGGUAUUAGAGCCAACACAGUUCGCCAAAAUCCGAAACAUAGGAAUUUUGCACUAGUCUUUGAAGAGGGUGUCAAACUUACAGAAAUUGAAAUUAAAGUGGCGAAAACAGAUUCUCAUACGACGAAUAAAUCGUCUAAUAAAGGCAUGCAAAAGGUCUCGGAGCUCAGCCAAGACGUGGCGGUGAAACGCCGACACAAAAGCGUACGGAGUUCGGUUCUUGCAGCUUUGGCCGUCUCUUCUCUCUCAACUGUUGGGAAUCCUUCUAGCUCAGGCCAAGGACAGAGUCCACUCCAGAAGCUGGUAGCCAAGCUGAAAAGGUCCCCGAAGCCGGGAGUUGGUGUUCUUGGCCCUGAUGAAGAUCUUGCCAUUCCAGCCCCACCGCGCGUGAGGUUUGCUGGAGAUGCAUCCCCUGCAGCCCCGGAAACUGUUGAUCAGAUUGAGAACAUGUGCUUCGUGGCAAGGGGAGAAGUAAAUCAACCUUUUGUCCGGUCUCUAAGUACUGGUCUCGGAUCACAGUUAGUCUUCCAGCUGGUUGAUUAUGACACAAGCCAAAAUGAGGUUGUAGCGGUAGAAUCACUCGACACAUUUCUAGAAACCACUCCUGGCAUGAGUCAAAGGCUUAAAGUUGGCCUUCAACUGAUCCAAACUGUCUUGGCCCUGGGAGGCUGCCCUUGGAUCCCCGAAACAUGGAGCAAGACAGAGGUCCGUCUUAUACGGGACCCAAAUUCCACAGUCCCAAUUCCAUAUGUCUCUCAUCAGUCGAUCCGCAACACCCUCAAAGGCAAGCAAAUGGUACAAGCCUCUGUUCAAGCUCGAAGCAGCCUCUUCACAAUCGGGGUGCUUCUAUUGGAGCUUCUGUUUCAAACCAGGCUGGAGAGUUUGCCAAUACGUAACGAGUACCUCAGUACAACUGCACAAGCAACUCAAACGGCUGACCUCUGUGCUGCUAUUCAGUGGCAGAAGAGCGUGGAGGGACAGUUUGGCGACAGGAUUGCAGAUGCUAUUAGGCGAUGCGUGUUAUGUUCUUUUGAAGCUCAGCCAGACUUGAGUAACUCGGCGUUCGUCAUGGGGGUUUGCACCAGUGUUCUUCAACCCGUGGAAGAGUUUUUGUCGGCUUGGACCAAGGAGUGA